AGCUUUGUGGAUUCAAAGGAUUUGCUUUCGCUUCUGAAAGAGCCGCUAUUCUUUGAUGAUUGGGUAGCGGCAAACUUCAAAGCCAUAAAUCUUCCCUCUGACUGGCUGGCAGCCCAGCAAAGUCCUUAUCAAAUUCUUGGAGGUGAUCCUGAAGCGCUCAGACCGCGCGCGGGGCGACGAGCGGGGAGGGCCCCGGCCCGCAGAGCCGGCGCUGGGAGGAACGCUGGGCGGCCGCUCGUCCUCGCCCUCGAGUCUCCAUGCCUCGGCGGCGCCCUGCUCCGCAGCCAACGUCCCGCAAGCUGUAGCCAUGGCCGCCGUGGCCGUCCUCCGGAACGACUCGCUGCAGGCCUUCCUCCAGGACCGCACCCCCAGCGCCUCCCCGGACCUGGGCAAGCACUCGCCCCUGGCGCUGCUGGCCGCCACCUGUAGCCGUAUCGGCCAGCCGGGCGCCACGGCGCCCCCGGACUUCCUGCAGGUGCCCUACGACCCCGCGCUGGGCUCGCCCUCCAGGCUCUUUCACCCGUGGACCUCCGACAUGCCUGCGCACUCGCCCGGCGCGCUGCCGCCCCCGCACCCCAGCCUGGGGCUGACGCCGCAGAAAACGCACCUGCAGCCGUCCUUCGGGGCGGCGCACGAACUGCCGCUCACGCCCCCCGCCGACCCCUCGUACCCCUACGAGUUCUCACCCGUCAAGAUGCUGCCCUCGAGCAUGGCGGCGCUGCCCGCCAGCUGCACGCCUGCAUACGUGCCCUACGCGGCACAGGCGGCGCUGCCGCCCGGCUACUCCAACUUGCUGCCCCCGCCACCCCCGCCCCCGCCGCCCACGUGCCGCCAGCUGUCCCCCAACUCAGCCCCCGACGACCUCCCGUGGUGGAGUAUCCCGCAGGCCGGCACGGGUCCGGGGCCGUCUGGGGUUCCGGGGAGCAGCUUAUCUGGCGCCUGUGCCGGGGGCCCCCACGCGCCGCGCUUCCCGGCCUCAGCGGCCGCUGCUGCCGCCGCCGCCGCCGCCCUGCAGCGUGGCCUGGUGCUGGGCCCGUCGGACUUCGCGCAGUACCAGAGCCAGAUCGCCGCGCUGCUGCAGACCAAGGCCCCCCUGGCGGCCACGGCCAGGAGGUGCCGCCGCUGCCGCUGCCCCAACUGCCAGGCGGCGGGCAGCGCCCCGGAGGCAGAGCCGGGCAAGAAGAAGCAGCACGUGUGCCACGUGCCGGGCUGCGGCAAGGUGUACGGCAAGACGUCGCACCUGAAGGCGCACCUGCGCUGGCACACGGGCGAGCGGCCCUUCGUGUGCAACUGGCUCUUCUGCGGCAAGAGCUUCACGCGCUCGGACGAGCUGCAGCGGCACCUGCGGACUCACACGGGCGAGAAGCGCUUCGCGUGUCCCGAGUGCGGCAAGCGCUUCAUGCGCAGCGACCACCUCGCCAAGCACGUCAAGACGCACCAGAAUAAGAAGCUCAAAGUUGCGGAGGCCGGGGUCAAGCGGGAGGACCCGCGGGACCUGUGAGCCUCCCCGGGGGCCGCUUGAGGCCUCUCCCGCCUCGGACUCCCUUCUCAGCACCUCUUAGGGGAGGCUCCGGGGGCCUGUGGGCAGGUGGCCGAGGGGAGACCCAACAGAGGCACUUGCCUCUUCCUGCUGCCCGAUUCCCAAAGUGACGCCAGGCUCCCGGCUUCCCUGGCCCGGCCCGCGGACAGGGGCCCUGUGCCCGGGAGGGGCAGGGGAGGCCGGGCUGGGAGCUCUGCGUCAGUCACGCAAGGGCAGUUUCAAGCUCUGGACCAUUCCCUUCGUCGGGGAGACCUACAGUUUUCGGGGACCACCCUGGGCUGACCUUGUAUAUAGGAAACGCUGCUGAAUCAAAGCGGACGGCCCUUGGCAGAUUUGAAAUAGUGCUGGGGUUUUUUGCUAGGACCGGGCCGGGCUUUGUACAGGUUAUUUAAUAGCUUUGUUAAAGAAUAAUUAUAAUAAUUAUAACAUUAAUAAAAAUGUUAACUUCUGUCCUCAGCUCCAUGCAGAGCUACAGCAUGAAAUGUCUCUGUAAAGCAAUCAGCAGUUGCAGCGUGAAAAUAAAUACGUUAACUCCGGGGUCACCUCGGGAGGACCCCGCUG